CAAAAAGCAAAAGCAAACACUCAGUAUUACUCAGUGUUAAACUGAGCAGCAAAGCCUCCAGUUCUCAGUCUCAGGGAUGGCAGUCCAAACCUCCAGCUGUUUUUCUUUGCUGCUUGUGAUCUCAGUUUGUAUUGUACUUUUUCUUUUAUCAUGGGGCCAAUCAUCAAGCAGCAUCAGCUGGAUUACUUUCUCGACUCCGCCCCCUGUUGUGUUUACACAUACAGCAAAAAAAGCUGAUUCCACAAAAACAAAUCUAAAAACUGAUCAGAUGAGACGCUCUACACUUGGUGCUAUGGUUGAGACUCCCAUGCCCGUCCUCUCUAAAACCUCCUUCACGAAGCUUCCUCACUGGGAUUUUGACGAUGUAUAUAACCAGGAUGUUCCACCCAGGCAGACAACAUGUGCCCAGUCUCUGCGAAACUCUGAGGUUGAGAGCUUCAAGAAGGCUUUCCUCCCCAACAUACGUUUGUUUCUGCACAAAGACAGUAUCAACAUGAGCGAGUGGAAUCGGCUUUCACAUUUUAACAAUCCUUUUGGUUUUAUGGAGUACAAGUAUGAUGAAGUGAUGGCUUCAGUAAAGUUGAUCCCAAAGCCAAAAGAGCCACUGCUCCUUCCAAAACCAGGCGAUGAUGGGUGUGUGCGCUGUGCUGUGGUGGGCAAUGCAGGGAUCCUCAAUGGCUCUAAAAUGGGACAAGAGAUUGAUACUCACGAUUACGUUUUUCGGAUGAAUGCUGCAAUCACCAAAGGUUACGAGGAAGACGUAGGAAACAGAACAUCGGUGUACAUUCACACGGCCCACUCCAUCACAUCUGCGCUGUAUUUCUUCAAGAAGUUUGGAUAUACUACUGUCCCUCAUGAUGAAGGUAUAAAAUACGUGAUGGUUCCUGAGGGGAUGAGGGAUUUCAAUUGGCUCAAGGGUCUUCUCAAAGGAGAAAGAAUCACUGCUGGCCCAUAUAAAAACAAGAGGCCAUGGACGUACUAUGCUGGGCAGUACAAUGAGACCCGCUUCUAUGUUCUGCACCAGGACUUCCUCAGAUACAUUCGAAACAGGUUCUUAAAGUCUCCUAAUCUGAAUGCUUCAUACUGGGCAAUAGUCAGACCAAGCAAUGGGGCAUUCACUCUCUUCCUGGCUCUGCAUACCUGCGACACUGUGAAUGCAUAUGGAUUCAUGACUGAGGACUACAAGAAAUACUCAACUUACUACUUUGAGAAAAAUAUUAAAGCCCCUGUCAUUCUCUACGCCAACCAUGACUAUAUCCUGGAGAAAAACAUGUGGAAAAAACUGCAUGACAGCAAAAUAAUUAAGCUUUAUCAAAGAACAGAGUCAGAAACAGGGACGAAAAAGCCAAAACAACACUGAUACUCUGAGAAUGGAAGUAAUGGCAUCAAGAAUGUAGGUCAUUUUGUUUUAAAUUCGUAUUGUUUACUUCAGUAAUUCCAGGUACUUUAUAUUACACUGCAGUUCAGAAGAAAAUAUUGCACCUUUUACCUCACUAUCUUUUUACUUACUUAUUGUGAUUUAUCAUGCAUG